UCCUGUUUAUUUUCUAUGCUGCUCUAGGAUAAACCACUAUGGUCAGCUGCAAGGUUUGAGCAAAAUCAGCUGCAUGUUUAUGGGCAAAUGUAGGUGGGCAAUUCAAAGGGUGGUGACAUUGCAGAUCUUUUCAAGUUUUUACCUCCUAAUUCAUGAGAACACGCAGAGGUGAACUCACAAAGCUGCAGCCUGUGACUCAGAUCAUGGGGUGAAGGAGGGUAUCUGGUGCCCAACUUGUCAGGAUGUGCCCAGCACCAUUUCCUGAGGGCUCUGAGGGUAAGGCCCUGCUGGUGGUCCUUCCUCCACGCUCCUGCUGGGACCAUCUGUCUCCCAGUCACCUUGACACCCAGGGUUGGACAGACAGCCCAGGCUUUCUGUGUGUCUCUGGUACAGAGUUUCACCAUGUAACAUCCCAGUCACCUUUGGGACAGCAUAGGAAUGGGAGAGAGGAACCUCCUCCAACUGAACACUCAGGACUGGACAUGUAUGAACCAACAUCAUCUUCAUUCCACUUUAGGGACAAAUGCCACAAGCCCACGAUGGGAGUAUUCUGUGUCUCUCAGGGUUAUUACCUCUGCUUGUCAGAAGAACAAUGCUUUUUUUCUAAUUUUUAAAUUUUUUUUUGUGGUUCCAUUGUAUCCCAGACUGGGGGGCUGCAGCAAAUGCAGAAUUUAUUGGAAUACACAAACAUGUAUUUGCACAAUUGGCAAGUGGGCCCUGCAGCUUAGUAAAUGCUAAUUAAUCUCUCAGGCUGCUAGGAAAUCAUCAUUAUCCCAGUUCAGCAAUGAGAAACAAAGACCAAAGAGAGUGGCAGGGGCUUAUACUGAGUGACAGAGUCAGAGCAGACAGAAUUGCAGUCUUCUUUGGUGUUCUGAACAGUAAACCACAAAAGAUUGGCAAGCCUGCAUCUGAAGAGCAGAAUGGAGGCACCUGGGGAUUUUCCCUCAAUCCCUGUCUCCAAGAGCUCAGCUCAGGGCAGGCUGCUGCUCUCAUCCCACCUGACUGCUCAGAUUUCCUUUCCUUGAGAAGUAAGAGCAAUGGAGAGCUCUGACUGCAGCAGGGAGCUGGAAACCAGCCUGACUAUGGAUUCACUUCUGGGAACUGGGAAUCACUCUCAGACACCCGUGUUUUGGUUAUAGUCUGAGUGUUUAUUGUCCACAAAUUCAUUGCAGCUUUUUAUCUUGCAUUUUCCUGUGAGAGUUUGUUUCAACACUUGCAGCCAAAUAAUGACUAGACAGGGCAAGUUCCUGUUAUUUCUUUGCUAAUGGAAUGCCAGGAGUCACUAAGACAUCUCUAGCUGAGGUGGAGGCUAAGAUGACAUCCAGGAUCAGGAAGAGAGCAUGGAGGAAUUGGUAACAAGAGCAGAGGAAGGAGAAUCUCCUCCAAAGGUAUUCAAAGACCUGUAGCAAUAGCUUUUGAGAACUGACCACACAAGUCAGAAGGGCAAAAAAGAUAGGCAAAUCCCUAAAUCAUGUGGAUGGGAUUUGUUUUAGAAUUAAAUCUCUGCCUUUCUGAAUAAAACCUGGAAAAGAUCGUGUGAGCUUCAAGUAUAUUUUUAGCCAUAUAUACAGCAACUGCACAUUUCUAAGCCAGCUAAAAUUUGAUUCAGAAUGCUUUAAUAUUUUGCUCCUUCUCACAGAGCACACCUUGAUGGACAUUAGUCUUUUCUGUGGCCAUAAUGACCCCAAGUUCUGCUGUUCUGAGGAUGCACUUUUGGUGUCAAUUUGGAAAUAUUUUGACUCUAAGAGUUACAUAAUUUUCUUAGAGAGAUUAAGAAGUAUUAAAACUAAUGUAGGGACCAACCUUUCCUAGAACCCCAUCCAGUUACAUGCUUCUUUGCAUCUCCAUUCCCAUCUCUACUGAUCUAAAAGGAGAAAAAGGACUCUGACCCUCCAAUCAGCCUGCUCCUGCUGUCUGAUUAGCUGGCAGCUAUCACAGUUCUUCUUUUGCUCUGUUACAGUUUCAUUUCCAGAGGAAAAAGCCCUGAUGGAUAUUGAGCCUCAGGAUUGUGGCACCACUGCAAAUUAAAUGAGGCUUCUGUUUACACCGAAGGACCGGCAGUACCUCCUUAAUCAGGCUGUCUGUUCUUUGGAAAUCAGCAGAUAUUUUGCCUAAAAGCACCCAGCAGUGCAGUGUAACUCAGUAAUAACUGUUUAUUGGGGGUCAGGAGGGAAGCCCCAGAAGAAAAACUGUAGUUAGAAUCUGUAAAAAAAAUCUAAAAUCUGUAGUUAGAAGCACUGGUGAGUGGUUGACUUUGGGGAGUUUCUUUUGCCUUUUGUUUUAAGAUUGCCUGAACUUGAUGGAGGCUCUGUCAUUUAAAAGGCAGAGAGACCUACAAAUUAAGCAACAUCUAGCUCCUAAUGUGUGAAACUGCAAUUUGCAUACAUCAUGGCAGCUGCUGAGUUGGUCCUUAUUACCUCUGCUGGAGUGUUAAUUUAACCACAACUUUAUCAUUAAUUUAAAUGGAAAAGCAGCGGGUUGCUGGCAUGCUACAUUAUCCGUCAGGCAACUGGGAAUCAGUUGACAGAGCCAGAAAGAGAUUUCAAUUCAGAGGGGCUGCAGGGUGCUGCCUCCAGGACCUGUGGUCACAGACAAGCUCCAGAUUGCCCUUGGUCGGCUCUAAAGGUCAACACCAACCCCAAGGAAAAAACCCAAAUCAAUACCGUAUCUGGACUGUCAUAAGAGAAUAUACAAUACAACCAAACUUGAAAUCUCUGUAUUUCUGAUUUUUUUGUCCCUGUGUACCCAAACUGGCACUGUUUAUACAGACAUGAAAACCAGAACAUUCUGGUUUUGACAACAAAUGGCUUGUAGAGCAACCAUUGCAAUGUGGUCCAGACCCACCCUGAGGGCUGAAGGCACUCGGGCUCUCUGCCCAGGCAGGAGAUGCCAAAGCUGCCCACACAGGAUGUGCUGGGAGCAGGGAGCAGCAGUGCCAUGAACGGCGCCAGUGCCAUCGGCCGGCGCGCUGGCUGAGCCUGGAGGCACCUCCACACUCAGCUGAUGCCACAUGGAGGAACGAACGCGCCAGAACCACUCAUGUGGGAAGUAAAGCAAAUGUGAGGUACCGGUUGCCAAACCAGAGGCUGCCUCACUCUCCAGGAAAAGAGGCUGAGAAACACUGAGAAACUGCUGAGAUGGGAGAUGAGAGGAGCAGUGUCCAUGCUGGGGAGCCACCCAUGGGCAUGGAGUCUCCAAGAAUGAGAGUCUCCUCUCCCAAGCCAUGAUGAUGUGCCACCAUUUAAUGACACAACUGUGUAUUUUUCAAUGGAGAAUGAGGUUCUGCUCUGAACUACGGCAAGAGGGACAGAGGAGAUGAGUUCAGCUCAGAACCUCAGUUGUGAUGUUUCGGUGGCAGAAAAGAAAAACCAUGUCCUGAUGCCUGCCAGAGUUUAACUGAGCUGAUGCAGGUCUCCUCUGAAGUUCAGCUACAACUGACUGUGACUCAUGAUCCUGCUCAUGGCAAACUGGAGCAAAGCUUCACCCAUGAACACUCACCCACCAGAACAGGUGUCCUGCUUUCAGGUGAAGUGUGAACAUUGUGUAGCUGUUCCCAAACUCUGGACUAUGGUAAAGACACACUUGUAAACUGGUCAGACUUUCUCCUAAAAAAAGGGCUAUUCUUCAAAUAAGUGAAUCACUAAGAGCUGAGGUUUAGAAAGGAAUGUCUUUGCUCAGGCAGCACCAGGGUGUACUGUAUGACUGGUAUUGUGCAGACACUGUUCUAAGACAUUAAAUUCAACACGUAUUUCCUAAACACAGAUAAAUUUGCAUUAAAUGUGCCUUUUCUGUCUCUGAUGCCUAGUCCUUCUUGUUGUUUUAAAAUACACGGUGCUAAAUGAUCACACUUUUAUUGAAUUAUCACAGAUACUCUUCUCUUGGUAUUAGCUUAACAAAGUUCAGGAAAAACUUGUCUUCGCCCACAUCUCAGCCAUUCAUUUUUAUAAUAAAAAUUACCAUGACAACAGAUAAUGAUAUCAGAAUGAAAAGAUUAUUACUUAAUUACAUGAAGAAGGUGAAAACAGGCUUGGCUUACAGCAGAAAAAGCUUUUAAUUCCAGCAAAAAUAUGGGGAGCACACACUCAAUUUGUGACAUCAUGAAGUGCUGCUGAGAGCUGCCCAGGGGUUGCCCCACUGCAUGACGGGGUGUCCCAGUUAAUUCAGUGAAGUGCAAGAGAAAUACUUGUAAUUUCAUUAGCAAUAAAGAGAAAUUUUCCUUAAAAGUGUUAGUGUUUUUGUGAAACAGGCUCAUGAUAGAAAUUAUAAGAAGAAAUGCAUCCAUAAAGAAACAUGAUUAUUAUUUAGGUAGUGGACUGGUUUCAUAUAAAUAAAACUAACUACAUAAAUGCUCCAUUGUUAACCAGCGCCAUGCUAUAAAUCAUUCCAAGUUAGAGGAGAACAGGGCAAUCUACAGAAUAUGGUCCGUUUUUAUCACAGCUGUGGCAUUUCAUCAGAACGCUGUUCUAUCUUGGUUUCUGUGAGAGCUGUGGUAUCAGACUGGUUAUUUUUAUUUCUAAGAUAAAUCUGAACUUUUAAUAAGAACAACCUGGGAAUUUAGACUCUUAUGUAUCUUUGUAAUAUGUAUCUUUGCAAUCUAGUCUAUCGAAUUCUCGGGCAAGAAUAAACUUUAAUCACUGGUAAUUUUUUCCUAGUUUUGUUCACAAAUGCUAUGAAAUAUGCUUUUAAAAUAAUGUACUUUAAUUUUCCCUCUAAACCCAACAAACUGCUAUUAGCAGUUGAACGUUUCUGCAAACUUCCUCUAUGGCUUUUAGAGAAACUGUGCAAUAAAAUCAUCAGAAUAAAAAUCUAGAUAAGGAAUCUACACUUCAUUUUCAAUUUUCGCAGAAGUUAUUACAAUCAAUCAACCAAUUAGCAUGGUGAAUAAAUACAUUAAUGCUAUUUAAAAAAGAACAGUCUGGAAACCCCUUAAUGUCUUUCUCAACUAAAAGUAUUGGUUCAACAUUAAUCAAUUUUAUAACCCUAAAUUCUGCUUAGUCUUUUUUCCAUCUUUGCUUAAACAUAUGGAAAUAAAAAUAGCAUAUUAUGGCCCUCUCUGCUCCUCUUUAAUUUUCAGAGUAUAAGAUGUACAUCAGUGCAGCCCCACUAUUCUGGACCUAUCUAGUUGAUCUGUUUCUGAUCUACACCAGCACAAACAAGAAGAAGCCAUAAAAUAUACAGAUAACAACUCAAUUUGGUCAACAAUCCUUCUUUUGUGUACAGCUUCAGCCCUUGGCAACCUCGCAGCAGGGCAGGAGCAUCAGUUUGGGAAAAUUUCUGUCAGCUAUGGAGACAGUGGCCUUGGUUUUGGGAAUGACUUGGAUAGGGUCAGCAAGCAACAGCAUCUGCUGUGGUUGGGUACCCACACCUCAGAGGUAGAUGGGUGCUCCUGUGCCGGAACUGCUCUAGCCACCCAGGAACAGCUGCCAUCCAGAGAUAGGGCUGGUUCUGUGCAAGGUCUGUGGGGAACAUAAUUCCUGAGGUGGUCACCAACACCAACUGCAGCUGCCCCACCCCAAGGCAGAGUCUGGUGCUCCCUAGCACAGCGCCUGGCAGGCAGCACAUGGGCAGGGGGUGAGGAGAACGGUGCCUGCCGGCUGCGUCCUAAUGUGCCCUGUGCCUGACAUUAGAGCAGCUCCUUAUCCCAGCCAGGAGCCCAAAGCAAGGCUAUUUUUAGCCCUGGCACCUCACUGUUACCAGGAGCUCUGUGUGCUGUGUGAGAGCUCUGCUUCCCUCUCCCAUGCACUCUCACAGGCCCUUGCCGCUCCCAGCGUGGAAAAGAAACAUUCCCAAUGAAGACUUUUAGUUCUGAGGAUAUUUAAAGAGAGGAAGUUUGGAGACCCACCAUGGAUCACAAGGCUGAGGAGAAGAGAAAGCAGCGCCACAGCUUGACUCUAUUGGAGCAAGUAAAGAGCAUGAGGGAAUCAACACAGAUAAUCGAUGUGGUGCUGGUCGCAGAAGGGGAGAAGUUCCCCUGCCAUAAGGUGGUGCUGGCUGCCUUCAGCGCCUAUUUCAGAGCCAUGUUCACGUGUGGCCUGGCAGAGUGCACGCAGAGGGAGGUGGUGCUGCACGACAUCUCUGCCAAGAGCGUGUCCGUGAUCCUGCACUACGUGUACAGCGCCGAGCUGCGCCUCACCAGCCUCAACGUGCAGACUGUCGCCCUCGCUGCCUACUUCAUGCAGAUGGAAGAGGUUUGCAACAUGUGUCAGAAGUACAUGAUGGACCAUAUGGAUGCUUCCAACUGCGUGGGCAUCUAUUACUUUGCAAACCACAUCGGGGCAGAUGAUUUAUGUGACCAAGCGAGGAAAUACAUGUAUCAGCAUUUUGCUGAGGUGAGCUUGCAGGAAGAAAUACUAGAGAUUGAAUUCCAGCAGCUGCUGACUCUCAUCAAAUCAGAUGAUCUGAACAUUUCCAGGGAGGAGAGCAUUCUGGACCUCGUCAUUAGAUGGGUCAAGCACAGCAGAGAGUCACGUUCAGAACACCUUGUUGAGCUCCUCAAGCAAGUGAGACUGGUACUUGUCAGCCCCUCUUUCCUUGUGGAAGCCCGGAAGAGGAACACAAUUAUUCUGUGCAAUUCAGAAUGCAAUGAUAUGUUCGAGGAAGCACUGAAAACCAUCCAACUGUCCAGGCACCCUUCCCUCAGCCUGCGAUACGGCAUGGAGACUACGGAUCUCCUGCUCUGCAUCGGCAACAACUCCCUCGGCAUCAGGUCCAGGCAUGGCAGCUAUGCAGAUGCCAGCUUUUGUUAUGCCCCUGCGACAGGAAAGACGUACUUCAUUUCCUCCCCGAAGUAUGGAGAGGGCUUGGGAUGUGUUUGCACUGGUGUUGUCACUGAGAAAAAUGAUAUCAUUGUGGCAGGCGAGGCAAGCGCCGUCAAAAUGUCUAGACAAAGGACCAGGAACAUUGAAAUUUAUAGAUACCACCAGCGAGGAAACCACUUUUGGCACAGUCUGUGCACCACUCAGCUCCGUGAGCUCUACGCACUGGGCACUGCCCACAACGACCUCUAUGUAAUAGGAGGGCAAAUGAAAGUGAAAAAUCAGUAUCUGGUCACAAACUGUGUGGAGAAGUAUUCCAUGGAGCAAGGCACCUGGAGAAGCACGGCACCCCUGCCAGUACCGCUGGCCUGCCACGUGGUGGUGACAGUGAAGGACAAGCUGUACGUGCUGGGUGGAUGGACACCACAGAUGGAUCUUCCUGACGAGGAGCCGGAUCGAUUAAGUAACAGAACGUUUCGCUACGACCCGGCCCAAGACAAAUGGGUGGAAAGAGCCCCAAUGAAGUUCUCCAAGUACCGCUUCAGCACAGCCGUGGUCAAUGGGGAGAUUUAUGUCUUGGGAGGAAUUGGGUGCCUUGGUUAUGACAGAGGACAGACACGGAAAUGUCUUGAUGCAGUGGAGAUUUAUAACCCUGAUGGAGACUUCUGGAGGGAUGGACCCCCUAUGCCUUCUCCCCUCCUCUCCUUACGAACCAACUCCACCAGCGCAGGCUGCGUGGAAGGGAAGCUGUACCUCUGUGGAGGAUUUCAUGGAGCAGCUCGUCAUGAAGUGAUCACCAAAGAGAUCCUGGAGCUGGACACGUGGGAGAACCAGUGGAACGUGGUGGCCACCAACGUCCUCAUGCACGACAGUUACGAUGUGUGUCUUGUGGCUCGGCUGAACCCACGGGAUCUCAUCCCUCCUCCUCCAGAUUUAGUGAGCCAAUAGAAGUUCAGGGACUCUCAGUGCUUCUCAGACUUCUCAGAUUCUGCAGAGACUGAAGAAUUUGGGGAGACAAGUGCUGCAUUGGCUCUGGAUCACAGCUGAGUCCCACCGAGAGGAAAGGGCAACACGUGCUUAAGCAUAUAAUUGCCUUUGAGCUGUGCUUCUCUGAUGAUGCUUAAUUUGAUAGUACUGGUGGUGCUCUGGACUUCUGUGCUUGAAAGCCAAGGCUGUCCAGCCUUUGCGUGCGGCUCUACAUCUUCAGCCUGGCUGAGCAAGCUCCAGUGCUGGGUGAAGCCUGGGCUGCUGGGACUCUGCCUGACAGGCACAGAGGCAGCCCAGGGCUCAGCUCAGCUCACAGCAGACACAUGACAGAAAGCUCUAGGCAGGGAAAUCCCUCCUUUGCUGUUCAUCCCACUUGGAUUGACUAGCUACCCAGGAAGCUAAGAAAUAGAGUAAGCCAGCUGAUGAAAAGCAAGUGCCAGACUGUAAUUGACUGAUGCAGAGGUAAAACAUAGAAAAGCCUUUAUUUGAAACAAAAUCCCAUUAGCCAAGGUCCAUUAGCCAAGAACACCAGCUCCUGCAAACACUAUCUAAAGCACAGACACUACAGUCAAGACAUCCUGUCUUUGCUAAUAGACCUGAACCUGUGCUAGUCGAAAACGAAUCCUUUGGCAGCAAAUCACAAAUGAGUCUUUCAAGUAGGGCUGGUAGGCAAUCUCUACCAAAGACAAGAAGAAUCUUAAAUUUUCACAUAAAUCCUAUUUAUUACAAAGUCUGGUAUGACCAGGAUCUUAGAGCUCAGUUAGGAAACUUCCCUUGAGAGAUGAAUAAGGGUUUGCAAACUAAAAAGUAACAAAUGAGACCAGUAUUAUCUGCAUAUCAGCAUUGCAGCUACAGGGAAAGGAGAGAUGUGCUAAACAAUAAAUGUUUAUAUAAUAGCUUUAAUGGAGGCUAAUAAGGCUAAUUCUCUACCCACAGAAUUGGCUAUAAUCACAGGGAAGAGGAACAAUUCAAACAGUGCUUCUGAAGGCAGUGUUAGCCUUUGUAGAGCUUGAAGACAGCAGGUUAGAGUGAAAAUUGCUAUCCCAUUUGAAUUACCAAUAACUAUUCAUCAGUUCUCUGCUGCCUGCCUGGCAGUGUAUCUGUCACUGCCUGGGCAGUGCAGACCAGAGAACUGGAAAUCUCAUGGUGCUCUUGGGCCACAGCUGUAAGGGGCAGCAUGCUGCAAUGCAGACUGCAUGCCAGAGGCAAACAGAAGACUAAACUAUGAUAUUGUGUGAGAAUAAUCAUUGCCAGCAAGAAGUGGCUUUUGAUAACCAAAAAGCAGCAACAAAAGUGGAACAAAAAAAAAAAAGGCAAAGAAAUGAGGGAGUCCAUCAGGUAGUUUACCCACAGUUACUUCCAGGAUUUAUAUUUUAGAGCAUCUCGAUUUUCUCUUUCAAUCAUGUUUUAGGCACAAAAAUGCCAGCUUUUUGUGUUGCUUUUUUGACUGCAGUGCUCUGCUUAUAGCAGAGAGAGAUGGAGAGGAUGAUCCAAAAGCCUUUUCCCAAUUUCGACUUGUGUUAUUCAUUAAUUAUUCUAUAAAUAUCCAGUGGGAACAUUAAGCUGUCAUGUAAAAACUUUAAGAAGGAAGAGGACUCAUUUUUCCUGAUAACUCUUGUAGGACACUGAGGAAUGCUCAGACAAAAAGGGAUUUGAGGGGAAGGAAUGAAGGAAAACACAUAGAAAAGCAGUAAAUCCAUGAGCCUUACAGCUAAUUGCUUUUCUCCCUUUGCAUUUCCCAAGCAGGAUGUGUGUCACAGCCUAAACAUGUACUCUUGUGUUUGCAUAAUUUCUGCAUUAUUCAGCCAUCCUUUUUUCUUGCCAUUGCUCAUAUAGGUUAUCAUCUGCCUAGAACAGAGUUGUGACAAGCAUGAAUUCAGCAGUACAAAUCAGCAACCAGUUCCUAAAAUCUCAGCCCCUCUGGUCAUCAAGUGCAGUUGUAGGUGUAAUGGCAAACUCUGCUUUAAUAGGUUUUUAAACAAAAUCAGUAGAAAAUUCUACCAGUCAAUAACCAUUCAAUACUGAAAACUCUUUGACUUUUGUUGUUACUGUGAAAUAAAGGUUAUUUUGUUUUAAUUUCUCUACAAGGCUCUUAGAGCAGCUGGAAGCAAUGCUCUUGAGCAUCCAUUAAGGGUUUCCUUGUAAAACUCCAAAUUCUGCAAGUGUACCUACAGAUUUUUCUUUUUUCUUUUCUUUUUUUUUUUUUCUUUCUUUUUUUUUUUUUUUUUUUUUUUUUUUUUCUUUAAGGAAGAUUGCUUUAAAGGGAUUUUUUGAUCUUUGGUCUCUGCUCUGUGGUCUAUUCCUUACAGUCCUUGUGGUUUAAAGCCUGGGCUAAUCUACUGGAUUUCACUCCCUAAAAGACAGUCUAUUUGGAAUAUUUCAAGAGAAGAAGGGAGAUAUUUGCAACCUUUCAUGAGUAAUAUUUGACCAUGUGUGUGAAACUCAGCUGGCACUCUUCAAUUAAACUUU